AUGUCCCUUAGAAAUAUAGGGAGAGAUGUUUCCAGCCAACCUAAUGGAGCUACCUUUUGGAAAGUUCAGUCAUAUGGGCUUGGAUUUGUUGAAGGAGCACCUGUUCGUAAGGGAUGCGGGGUAUACUCGGCAUACAUCCUAGAUACGAAUGCCGAUGAAUCUGUGAUGGAGAAUAUCUUAGUAGUGAGGGAGUUUCUUAAUGUAUUUCAAAAAGAAUUGCCUGGCUUACCUCUAGAGCACGAGGUUGAUUUUGGGAUAGAGUUGUUGCCUGGGACAAUUCCGGUGUCAAUUACUCCUUACCGCAUGGCACCUAAGGACUUAAGGAGGUUUGUUAAGGGGUUCUCUUCGAUUAGAGCUCCUAGUACUAAGUUGUUGAGAAGUAGUGCCCCUUUCAAGUGGACCGAGGAGCAACAAGCUAGUUUCGAGAAGCUUUGGUCAAUGUUGACGCAAGCACCUGUGUUGGUUCAGCCCAAGUCUAGGAAGGACUAUGUGGUUUAUAAUGAUGCAUCUCACAAUGUCUUGAGGUGGUGUAUAGAGUUUCUCAAGGACUGUGAUUGUACCAUUGAGUGCCUUCUGGGUAAAACAAACAUUGUGGUUGACUCAUUAAGUAGGAGAGCAAUAACCAAAUUGAGGGCGAUAUUUGCUAGAUUGAGUUUUUACGAGGAUAAAGGUUUGCCUGCGAAGUUACGAGUGAGACAGAAUUUAGUGGGUGAGAAAAAAUCGAAGCAGCCUUUGGAUUCUUCUCUUGUGCCACAUGUUAAGCAAAUUGAGAAGGGCAAGACUACAGACUUUGGGUUUAAUUCAGAUGGAGUUUUGUGUUACUAUGGAAGAUACUGUGUACCUUUGGAUAGAGAUUUGAAACAAUCCAUCCUUCGGGAUGCACAUAGUAGUCCUUACGCUAUGCAUCCUGGAGAAAAUACAAUAUGGUGGACACAUUUGUGUUGGACCAAAUUAGGGGAAAAGAAAGUCUUGGGUCUGGAUUCAGUUCAGGGGACUGAGAGUACUGUGAAGCUAAUUCAUGAUCGUUUGAGAGUCUCAUCAGAUUGUCAGAAGUCUUAUUCUAAUUUAAAGAGAAGAGAUAUAGAGUUCUAUGUCGGUGAUCGACUAUUCCUUAAGGUAUUGCUUUGGAAAAAGGUAAUGAGAUUUGGUCGUAUGGAAAAGUUGAGUCUUAGAAUCAUUGGAUCUUGUCGCAUUCUUAAGAGGGUUAGACCAGAGGCAUAUCAGUUAGAGCUACCUCCAAAAUUUGAAAACAUUGAUGACGUAUUUUGUGUAUCUAUUUUGAGGUGUUAUCGAUAA